AUGGAAGAACCACAUGAAAAACAUCAACCGGAACCAAAUAACCCAGUGCCUGUCGUGAUCAGCACGCAAUGCCGCCUCCUCUCUCAGAAAUUCAACCUCUCGCACAUCAGCAUCGGCGACGUCCUCCGCGAGGAGUUGGAACGUGGGGAAGAAGGCCCCCCCGCAGACAUCAUCAGAGCAAACAUGCUUGCAGGCACAAUAGGUCCAAUUGAAAUCACAGUGGCUAUUCUCAAAGGUCGAAUCACAAAGUUGAUGGAGGGUGGCACAAGAGUGUUCAUUUUAGAUGGAUUCCCAAGAUCAAUAGAACAAUCAACGCACUUCCAAGUCCUCAUCGGCCCCAUAACCCCCCUCCUCGUACUCCAAUGCUCUCCAGAAACAAGCUUCCAUCGUCUCCUCCCCCGCGGCCGAUUCGACGACCAGAUGCAAGCAAUCCGAAACCUCUUCCUCACCUUCGAAACCACAACCUCCCUUGUGGUAGACGACUUCCGCAAACGCAAAAAAGCUGACCGUCGUCGACGCGGAGCCAUCCGUCGCGAGAUUCCACAAGGAACUAGUCACGAUAAUCUCUAG